CGCGGCCCGGGCGGCGGGUGGCGGACCGAGGUGGAUCCUGGGGCGCCGGGGAAAGGGCAGGGGCGCGAGGUGGCUGUGGCGGGGAGCCCAGGGCCAUGCCGCGGUCGGACCAUGAGGACGGGGCCGCGGUGGCGCCCGGGCACCCGCUGGCGAAGGGCUACCUGCUGGUGCCCCCGGGCGAGCCGCAGAACGGGCUCAAGGCCGGCUGCCUGGCGCUGAACGGGGCGGCCGGGGACCUUGGCGGGCGAGGGCGCGGAGCCGGCCCGGACCGCGCUGUCGCCGCGCCGCUUUGCGGUGCUGCUCAUCUUCUGCCUGUACUCGCUGGUGAACGCCUUCCAGUGGAUCCAGUACAGCAUCAUCAGCAACGUGUUCGAGGGCUUCUACCGCGUGUCGCUGCUGCACAUCGACUGGCUGUCCAUGGUGUACAUGCUGGCCUACGUGCCGCUCAUCUUCCCGGCCACCUGGCUGCUGGACACGCGGGGCCUGCGCCUCACCGCCCUGCUGGGCUCCGGCCUCAACUGCCUGGGCGCCUGGGUCAAGUGCAGCAGCGUGCAGCAGCACCUCUUCUGGGUCACCAUGCUGGGCCAGUGCCUGUGCUCUGUGGCCCAGGUCUUCAUCCUGGGCUUGCCCUCCCGCAUCGCCUCGGUGUGGUUUGGGCCCAAGGAGGUGUCCACAGCCUGUGCCACCGCCGUGCUGGGCAAUCAGCUCGGAACUGCAGUUGGCUUUUUGCUACCGCCUGUUUUAGUGCCCAACACACAGAAUAACACAGAUCUCCUGGCUUACAAUAUCAGCACCAUGUUUUAUGGAACAUCAGGUGUUUCCACACUUUUAUUUAUUUUAACAGCAAUUGCAUUCAAAGAAAAGCCUCCGUACCCACCAAGUCAGGCGCAAGCAGCUCUUCAAAACAACCCCCCCGAAGAGUACUCCUAUAAGAAGUCAAUAAGAAACCUAUUUAAAAACAUUCCCUUUGUCCUUCUGUUGAUCUCUUAUGGUAUCAUGACUGGAGCAUUUUACUCAGUCUCAACAUUAUUAAACCAAAUGAUACUGACAUAUUAUAAGGAUCAAGAAGUGAAUGCUGGGAGGAUCGGGCUCACGCUGGUGGUGGCUGGAAUGCUGGGCUCCAUUCUGUGUGGCUUAUGGCUGGACUACACCAAAACGUACAAACAGACUACUGUGAUAGUUUACAUUUUAUCUUUUAUUGGAAUGAUUAUAUUUACUUUCACAUUGGACCUUGACUACAUUAUCAUCGUGUUUAUUACUGGAGGGAUACUUGGUUUCUUCAUGACUGGGUACCUCCCCCUGGGGUUUGAAUUUGCCGUUGAAAUCACUUACCCUGAGUCCGAGGGCACUUCGUCCGGUCUUCUGAAUGCUGCUGCCCAGGUUUUUGGGAUUUUGUUCACACUGGCUCAAGGAAAGCUCAUAACAGAUUAUGAUCCUAGGACAGGGAACAUUUUCCUCUGCUUGUGGAUGUUUGUGGGCACCAUUUUAACAGCCUUAAUCAAGUCUGAUCUGAGGAGACACAACAUAAAUAUCGGCAUUAAAAAUGCUGACGUGACGGCUGUUCCAGUUGACAGUCCCACAGAUCACAAGCCAAAGGCCCUUACGUUAUCCGAUCAGUCGGAAUCAUCAAUCUGAAGGGAAGGGAAAAGUUGUCAUCCCUCAGUCACUGGAACACAGCAUGGGAGAUCUGUGGGGAGGUGUGAGGAGCAAAGCUCGGCUUAGAGUGAUCGGGACGGACAAUUACUUGAAAAUUACUUACGAGCUUAAAUGAACAGUUAUUAUUUUGCUUAAUUAUUUAAGCAAUAUGUUACUUAAAAUACUUUUGCUACAUCAUGUUAACACUACCAUUCAUCUCGUGUCCCAUUUUCAGUCAUAUAUCAUGUCUGAAAGUAAUCUGUUGCCAUUUUUUUUGUGAUUUUUUUGAGAGGCUGUGUGUUCAGGCUGACCUUGAACUCGUGGUGAUCCUCCUGCCUCAGCU